AUGACUAAUAUUGUCAAAGCAAAUCUUGUCGUUAAGUACUGGGAUCCUUGCAAGAACUUCAUGGACAGUCCAGCGUCUGUAUCUCGGUGUACUAUUGACACAACAUUGCUUGCACUAUGCAAUCUCGUUAUAUAUGCAGGAUGCAUAUCCCGUUGGUACUAUAUUUUGCUCUCUUGUACACUUGACGCUAUACACAUUGUCAUGACCUUCGGCGCUGUGAGCAGCGCCCGUUCUGGAAUGAAAGGAGCUUGGUACCUGAAUAUCUGCUAUCAAAUCUUGAACCCUUCGAAUGGGUAG